CUCAACCAAGUCGAUGUGGCAGGGUACACGGCGCUGGCGUUGGCGGUCGAGCAAGAACACACGUUGGCGGUGGAUGCUCUCUUGGUGUCUGGCGCCGACGCGACGAUCCCGUGUCCGGUGCGAUACAUCCACCUUGGCAUCAAGUGCGACACUAUGUUAGGACGGCUACUCGGUCUUGGCGACGGCCAUUCGACGCUUCCAUCGGGCAUUGGCCGCGACGCUGUAUACCUACGUGUACCCGCCGGCUGUUGCGGCGUCCGCAGAGGACAUUGCGAUCGCUUGGACAAUGGUUGCCAAGGACAAAAUUCAUGUCUCGAUGGGAUCGUACAAGCACCAACCGGUGGUGCUCAAGGGUCCCGAGUGCCCCAUGCUCCGCAUCCAAAGGGCCAUGCGCGCCGAGAUUCUUUCGAUGCAGCUGGCAACGUCGCCGUAUGUGCUGCCGCUAUUGGCCGUCCUCGACAGCACCAAGGACUUGCGUGCGCCGUUGGCCGUGGCUGGGACGCGUCCGCUCUUUUGUCCCACGCUCCUCGUCGAGCACAUGGAAGACGGCGAUCUGGCAGCGUACCACGACGCCUUGCGCUACGCCAAUCAUGACACGGCGACAGAACCCGCGAUCGUACCGCCUUUGGCGAUUGCGUGGGUCGUUGCGAAUGCGCUCUUGGAUCUGCACGCCAAGAACGUGUUGCAUCGGGAUAUCAAGAGCCGCAACAUUUUUCUCUCCAAGCGCCAUUUUGUGCGCCUCGGCGACCUGGGCUCGGCGCGAACACUUGGUGCGUUCAUGACGAGCAGCGUCGGCACGAUCUGCUGGAUCGCCCCCGAAGUGUUUCGAGUGCCGGGUGAGACUGCCGAAGACUGCGUCUAUACGUCGGCCGCCGACAUUUACUCGUUUGGCGUCGUCUUGACCGAGCUCUUCACGCACACCGAGCCGUACUCGGAGCUUGUCGACCGCAGAAACGUGGAAACGCUGGUGCGGACGGGCCAGCUGCGGCCUCGCAUCAGUGAAGCGUGCCCGCUUUGGCUUCGGACGCUCACCGAAAAGUGUUUGGCGUUUGACCCAACAGCGCGUCCGACGGCUGCGGAGAUCGUCGACGAGCUCUACGCCCAUCGUGACGAAGCCGGGAUGUCGCUAAUGACAGCGACGACCGAGACGACGCCGAUGAUAAUGCCGACGAUGACGGAGAUGCCGACGACGACGGAGAUGUCGACAGAGUCG